CGGCUGCCCACAAACUUUUUACUCCGGGAGCGGGUGGGGUGGCCGCGCGGCCCGGCCGGCCGGCAGGGUGGCGAGGGCGCAGCGCGCAGCCGGCGUGCCAGGCGCCCCUCGAGGGCAGCGGGCGUCCCCAGCCCGGUACCACGCCGGACGGACCCGGGCCCACCGAGGUGGCUCCGGCUCCGACCUGUUGAAGGCGCUCGCCCCGGGCCGGGAACGGGUGGGCAGAUCCCCACGGCUGAUCUCGAGGCUCCUGUGGCUCGGCCUCCCUCGCCGCCCCCUCUUCCUCUCCUCGCGGUCAUUUUCCUAAUUGGACGGAGCUGUGGGGCGUGAUCGUCGGCGUCAGACGGAGGAGCCCCCCGAAUCGGGUGGUCUCCCUUCCACGACUCAGACCCCACCGAGCCGACCUCUGUACGCCCCCCCCCCCCCCCCCCCAGCUGCGGACUUGCUAACUCGUGCGUAGCGGGUUGUUGGUUUUCUUUCUUUCUUUUUUUUUUUUCAACUUGCCUUUUAAGAUGACUUUUAUGGUCCCUGCAACUGCUUCCUUCCAGUCUAAACUGUAGUUUGGGAAGAUUUAAGAGGCCAGGGAGGUGCUUGUGUGGGCUUUAACUAAUCCAAAACGGUCAUUAAUGUAUCUCUACGCCCUCGAGAUGGUUCCGACCAGGCCAAGCAGUAGCCUGGGUGUGUUUUCACCCGGACAUUGCGGAGUUCCUUCACGGUUUUAGCGGCCAGCCUGCCAGUGAGGGGACACUUGACCUGCGGGCCCUGUGCCCUAUCUUCGAAGGGCACCCUGAGUCCCUUUCUUUCCGUUCACAAUGGAAACUCUCCACCACUGUCCACCUGAAGACUUAACUAGUCCCUGUGGGUACCUCGGACGCUUACAGAACUCCCCCACAGGUGUGCGGAGGACUUUGUGCUGUUGGGGGUCAUCCAGCCAGCUUUGACGCUGCCCUCUCAGCCUUGCCUUUGUACUUGUAAAUGCCCUCGUAGCCAGACGCCACGGGAUGGAGGGCUUCAUGGACUCAGGGACACAGACGGACGCUGUGGUGGUGCUGUCCUUGGCUCAGGCUGCUGUGCUGGGCCUGGUCUCAGAAAAUGAGCUCUUUGGAGCAACCAUAAGUGCUGAGGCCUUCUACCCAGACCUAGGGCCAGAACUGACUGGGACAGCCAUGGGGGAGCCGGGACCACCAGGGCCCGACAUCUAUCAGCUGGCCUGUAAUGGGCGGACCCUGGAAGAGCCCCCAGAAGAGGAGGUGCUGGAGGUAGAGGCAGCCUUUGAGAAGCACACGCGGAGGAAGACACGGCCCCCUGUGAGGCUGGUACCCAAGGUCAAGUUUGAGAAGGCAGAAGAGGAAGAGGAACAGGAGGUGUAUGAGGUGUCUGUGCCUGGUGAUGACAAAGACUCGGACCCUGUAGAGGCCCCUGCCGAGGUGGCCAGCGGCGGCUGCGAGGCCCUGGUGCAGAGCAGUGCCGUCAAGAUGAUUGACCUCAGCGCCUUCAGCCGCAAGCCCCGGACACUCCGGCACUUGCCCAGAACUCCAAGGCCAGAGCUGGACAUGGCCCCAUUCGAUCCUCCUUUCCCAGACCCAGCCCGGGAUGGCUUUCCCGAGCCCAGCAUGGCACUACCUGGACCAGAGACUUUACCCACUGAAUGUAGUUUUGAGCCACCCCACCUGGCCCCCCUGAGCAAUCCUGAGCCUCCCAACAUGACGUCGACUGAACUCGUCAAACCAGAGCAGGGCUUCGUGUGGCAGGAGUCCAGCGAGUUCGAGGCUGACACGGCGGGCUCUACAGUGGAGCGCCACAAGAAGGCACAGCUGGACCGGCUGGACAUCAACGUGCAGAUUGAUGACUCCUACCUAGUGGAGGCGGGCGACCGCCAGAAACGCUGGCAGUGUCGCAUGUGCGAGAAGUCCUACACAUCUAAGUAUAACCUGGUGACGCACAUCCUGGGCCACAACGGCAUCAAGCCACAUUCGUGUCCCCACUGCAGCAAGCUCUUCAAGCAGCCCAGCCACCUGCAGACGCACCUGCUGACGCACCAGGGCACUCGGCCCCACAAGUGCCAGGUGUGCCACAAGGCCUUCACUCAGACCAGCCACCUCAAACGCCACAUGCUGCUGCACUCGGAGGUGAAGCCCUACAGCUGUCACUUCUGUGGCCGCGGCUUCGCCUACCCUAGCGAGCUCAAGGCCCACGAGGUGAAGCACGAGAGUGGUCGCUGCCAUGUCUGUGUCGAAUGCGGCCUAGACUUCUCCACCCUGACCCAGCUCAAGCGUCACCUGGCCUCUCACCAGGGCCCCACCCUCUACCAGUGCCUCGAGUGUGACAAGUCCUUCCACUACCGCAGCCAGCUACAAAACCACAUGCUCAAGCACCAGAAUGUGCGGCCCUUCGUGUGCACUGAAUGUGGCAUGGAGUUCAGCCAGAUCCAUCACCUCAAGCAGCAUUCCCUCACCCACAAGGGCGUGAAGGAGUUCAAGUGUGAGGUCUGUGGCCGGGAGUUCACCCUGCAGGCUAACAUGAAACGCCACAUGCUGAUCCACACCAGCGUCCGGCCCUACCAGUGCCACAUCUGCUUCAAGACCUUUGUGCAGAAGCAAACCCUCAAGACCCACAUGAUUGUGCACUCGCCUGUGAAGCCGUUCAAGUGCAAGGUGUGCGGGAAGUCCUUCAACCGCAUGUACAACCUGCUGGGUCAUAUGCACCUGCACGCAGGCAGCAAGCCAUUCAAGUGCCCAUACUGCUCCAGCAAGUUCAACCUCAAGGGGAACCUGAGCCGGCACAUGAAGGUCAAGCAUGGCGUCAUGGACAUCAGCCUGGACAGCCAAGACCCCAUGAUGGAGCUGGCAGGCCCCGACCCCUCUGAACUUGACAACCAUCAGGAGAUGGAGGACUUCGAGGAAAACGCCUACCCCUACAGCAGUGUGGACGGCAGCGCGGAGGCCAGCGCCCUCACUGAGCAGGCCAUGAAAGAGAUGGCCUACUACAAUGUGCUAUAGCAGGCCGCUGAGUGGGCGGGGAGGGCGCAGGGUGAAACCCACAUACUGAGGGCUGCCCCAAUGCAGCCCAGAACCAAGCUACUGCCCACUGCCCGGCCCUCCUGCCCCCAACCCUCAGACAUUUGCACCACUAGGGACCUUUAGACCAAAUGGAGACUGUACUACUGUCCUUGCAGGGAGCUGGGCACAGGCCUAGGCAUCCCGGUGAGGGAAAGGUAACCGGGAGGUCCGCAUCUGGUUCUCCUUGGCCUGCUGCUGUGCGUGGGCAGGGGAAAUGCUAGUGAGGCCUCUUACAGGCACAGACUUAGAGGUCUUCUCCAAGCCACCUCAGGCCCAGAGGCGCUCUCCGGGAAGAGAAUGUUUGAGCCAGGUCUUGUCUCUCUUCUGCACCGCCUUUAAAGACAUCUGAGCUCCUGCACUGGCCAGCACUGCCCUCCCCCACCCUGCUCAGACCCAAGAACCUCUUCCCUUCCCCGUCACUCAAGAGCCAGGCAGGGCACUCUGCCUUCUACCUCCUGGGCCUCCCCUUCGCUCCAUGCAGGCAUGCAUGCGGCCCUAGCCCUGGCCCUGCCUGUAGGAGAGCCGGGGAGUCCAGCCUCCAGAGCACCCUCCCAGGCAGCCUGCAGAGCUCCCCUGCCCCAGCCCGGUUUGAAAGAAUGUCCCUAAUGUGCGUUUCAACAAAUUUCAUCCAGGUCUGUUCCAUGCUAACGUACCAACCACAAUGUCCUCACCAAACAAAACCAGGACAUGCCUUGCAUCUGGCAAGCAUUAACAAAGGAUAGCUGGAGGCCCCUUGGGCCAGGGGGGAAGGGCAGGGUGACACAUCUCUGGGACCAAGAGAGGCUGUCCUCAAGGGAAGCCAAGGAAGACGACCACCCUUGGGAUGAGGGGAACUAGAAUGUUUUUUGUUACUUGUUUUUUAUGAGCAAGCAGGUGUUGUGAGGAGUGGGUGAGCUGAGGCUCAGCAGGCUCCCAAGGAAGAGCAACAUAUUUAAUUGAAGACCAUAGAGAGGGAGGAAAAGAAUUCUGUUUUGAGCAAAUGAGGAUAUUUUGAAGGUAAUUUAUGUUUUCCUUUCCAACUCUCUUGUCUAUGAUCUUUGAUGGAGAGGGUUUGUUUUUUGUUUUUUUAGCUGUUUUUUUGGUUGGUUGGUUGGUUUUUGGUUCGUUGAAGCCUCAGCUUUCUUGUGUGCUGUGGGUGCUUCCUGCUUCCCUUUCCUAAAGCACCCAGGCCUGAGGGGCCAGAGCCCUGGCCCAGGUGUGUCACUAGCUGGAAGCCUCAGAUGGCUAAGGCGGGAAGGAAAGGGGAGGCAGAGAACCUACCUGGCCCUAUCCAGCCAGCUGGCUCUCUCUGCCUGUCCACUCUCCUCCCCUCUGUCCUCCAGGUAGUGACUAGCACAUUCAUAAACUCCUGCCCACAAAUCCCAAGGCCCCCAAGGGGAGGAGCAGGCAGGGCGAACCCCAAAAAGGCAUAGAUGAAGCCACCAGCUUUGGCUGAGAAACCAAGAGGGGAAAACCAGCUGGGGCAGAGGGUGCUGAUUUGCAUUGUGACGGCCCCCAAGCCUGUCCCUAAGUGAAACACCAAGCCAGGCCUCAGGGUGACUGUUCAAGACUGGGGGUAAGGGGCACACAGUGGCCCAAGUGUGGUUUCCCAUGGCUCCCGGCCUCCCAGGUACCCAUCAUGAUGACCCUCAGGUGGCAGUGAUUAGGUGUCACUGUACAAGACAUUUAUUUCUCCUGCUGAGCAGAAGGUAUCACCCCUGCAAACUACCUCUUCCCACAGUGACUUUCUCCCCUGGUACCAAAAAGCACCCUGUACCUCCUCUUCCUCCUCCUCCUCCUCCUCCUCCUCUCCUGCCAAUGCAGUGGCCUUGGUCUUGGAACAGAAGGGAGAAGUCUGGCCUGGGUGGGGUCUCCCACUCUCUCCCAGCCUGCCAUUGGCACAACCCCCUGGGGGGUGCCAUACUCAAAAAGCCCCUGCCCUUGCCUUGUGCCCGGGCAAAGCGGAGAGGAAGGCACAGCACAGUACACAGUUGGAGCUGGAGGUGGUCCUGGCACGGCUCCAGCCUCACCCCUCCCAGGCUUCCGAAAAGGGUGACUCAGAAGCCCUGGCCGAAUUCCACUCUAACUUAUUUUGACGUGUAUACAAACCAACUGUUUAGCGAAUUCCACUUGUGCAGAGCCCUACUGUGUUUUUAUGUUCCUGUUUAAAAGAGAAGUUUACUUAGCAAUAAUUAUAAAUAAAUGAAUAUUCUUUAGUGA